AUGGCUGGGAUAUUCUUUUUAAUAUUUGUCUGUCUAACGGGAUAUGUGCUACUGGCAAAUGGACGGUCAAUUGAGAUUGAAAAUACGCAUAUCAGUAAGUUUAUUUACAAGGGAAGUACUCCAAAUGCGACGCUCAGAUUUUGAUGAAACUAAGCACAAAUUUAGAAUAAUUUUUUCUAAGAUAUAUGCGAGAAUUCUAGCUCGCGCUUUGCAGAAACAACCGAGAUUUUUAGAUCGAAAGUUGGCGAAAAUUUGACACUUUUUGCCGAAUUUCAGCACGAAAAGUUUCAUGCCUAUUUCUACCAUAGAGGGUAAUAUGUCCACAAAAAAUUAAUGUUUUCUGCGCGAAACUUGCAAAGUUAUGGCCAAAAAGUGUUUUUCUCUCUGGCCGUUUACCACGUUCAGUACUCCACGUUAGUUUUCGGGGUAGGAAUGCCCCUAUUUCAGAAGGUCGUAACGACCUUAGUUUGAAUUUUAAAAUCUGGCUAAAAUACGUAUUCCAAAAACGAAGUCUCUGCGCCGCCUCCACCAGAAGUUAUAGCCUCCGACUUUCUUUCACGUUUUUUGUAAGACCCUGUAUUCUCUCGGCGAAAAAAAUCGUUCAAUAUCUCGGCGACGUCUGCAAAGCGCGAGCUAAAACUUUCAGGAAUUAAUUUUUAUUUCACGCCCAAUGUGUGUGCAAAAUCUAACAAUAAGGUAAAUCUGGGCGUUGCACUUGGGGUACCUUUGUUAGGAAAAUAAUUUGAUUUUUUUCAAAAACCUUCUAUUUUCAGUAGUGAACCAUGGAAAUUCAACCCUUUCUCCGGGCGAAGAGUCUCUCAAAAAACACGUUGAGCACUUUUUCGACAUGGUGUUUGGCUUCCUGAAGACGGGCUCAGUGAUUGUUGCCGUCCUCCUCUUCUUGCUUAUACAAUAUCUGGGCUACAAAGUGAUGAAAUACAUCGGAAGGAAGAGUGAUGAGAAAAAGGCGCGGAAGAAACAAAGCGAAAAGAUCCCAAUGGAAGAAGUGAGCGUGGAAACGCCGGUUCCUCACAUUCAGAAGUUCUAA